UGCAAAAGGCGAUGGAGCCGUCAAACGUUUUUCAGACUUGAAGAGGUUAGCUAGCUAACUAUCUGGCAGCCUUCAAGUAGAGGGGAAACUAUGAAAGACCGUUGGGUUGCCAUGACGAGCGAGGAGGAGGAGGGCCCCAGCGUUGCAACAUCAACAACAACGACACCGUCAGUGGCAGCUAUCUCAAGGGUAACAACCGCCAUAGCUAGGGGCGAUAGAGAUGAUGCCGUCACUUCUUCCUCCCCCCGCAGACCCUCCCCGCGCCACCUCCCAUGUCCCAAGGAAAAGGAAGAGAAAGAGGAGAAAAUAGAAGAGGAAGGGAUUAUACAAGAAGAAAUGAUUGAGAAGGAGGAGGAGGAGGAGGUGGUGGAAUGUGAGGGGGAUGAUUACGAUGAUGAAGAUGACGGCAGCAGUGAUACCAGUGUGUUGGUAGUGCCCUACCCUGAUCUGGUACCUGUGGUCUUCUUCUGCCUCAAGCAGACAACCUGCCCUCGCAGCUGGUGCAUCCGCAUGGUCUCCAGCCCAUGGUUUGAACGUGUCAGUAUGAUGGUGAUCCUGUUGAACUGCGUGACCCUGGGAAUGUACCAGCCCUGCGAGAACAUCGACUGCUCCUCAGACCGAUGCCAAAUUCUACAGGCCUUUGAUGCAUUCAUCUACAUCUUCUUUGCUCUGGAGAUGGUUGUAAAGAUGGUCGCCCUGGGAAUCUUUGGUCGACGCUGUUACCUCGGGGACACGUGGAACCGACUGGAUUUCUUUAUCGUCAUGGCAGGGAUGAUUGAAUACUCUCUGGACCUACAGAACAUCAACUUCACUGCCAUUAGAACAGUGAGGGUACUUCGGCCUCUCAAAGCAAUUAACAGGGUGCCAAGCAUGCGUAUCCUGGUCAACCUGUUGCUGGACACCCUGCCCAUGCUGGGUAACGUCCUCCUCCUCUGCUUCUUUGUCUUCUUCAUCUUUGGCAUCAUCGGGGUGCAGCUGUGGGCGGGGCUGCUGAGGAACCGCUGCUACCUGGAGGAGAACUUCACGCUCACUACAGGCAUCAGUCUGCCUCGGCCCUACUACAUGGCUGACGAGGAUGACGAGCGGCCCUUCAUCUGCUCCCUGCCAGUUGACAAUGGGAUCAUGUCCUGCUCCGACGUUCCGGCUCGCCGCGAGGGAGGCAGGACGUGCUGCCUGGACAAAGAUGACGCCCUCUACCGCCAAUCACUGGGCCUGAGCCCCGAGCCUCUGGCCAAUGGCAGCGUCAGUGUGGCGGGGCUCUGUGUCAACUGGAACCAGUACUACACCAGGUGUCAUACUGGGCACAGCAACCCCCACAAAGGAGCCAUUAACUUUGACAACAUUGCCUAUGCCUGGAUUGUCAUCUUUCAGGUCAUCACUCUGGAGGGCUGGGUGGAGAUCAUGUACUAUGUGAUGGAUGCACACUCGUUCUACAACUUCAUCUACUUCAUCUUACUGAUUAUUGUUGGUUCCUUCUUCAUGAUCAACCUGUGCCUGGUCGUCAUUGCCACCCAGUUCUCAGAGACCAAGCAGAGAGAGCAUCAGCUGAUGCAGGAGCAGCGAGCACAGUGUUCGUCCUCCUCGACCCUUGCCAGUGAACCCGGGGACUGUUACGAGGAGCUCUUCCAGCUGGUCUGCCACGUUCUCCGCAAGGCCAGGAGACAAACGGUCGCCCUUUUCAACACCCUGCGGGGCAAACCGCGCGGCUUUCGGGGUGUCGGAAGAGGUAGAGGAGGAGCGGGGAAGGAGAAGAAGGCCAAUGGACGAGGAGGCCGUGGGAGGAAAGCGGUAUUGAGGCACGGUCCUCCCUGUCCCCACCGUAAUAAACCUGACCAUACUUCACCCUCUGAGCCCAUGGCCCUCACCGCCACCUCUGCCUCUGACGGUUGCCCUCAGUGUGCCGCGGCCCCCUCCCUCAGUGACGGUGUUGGACCAGUUCGCAGUGCAGCCAGCGGGGAAGCAGAGGAGGCAGCUGUGGAGGAAACGGACCGGGAGGGGGCACAAUCUAGUGCUAACGAGAAGGGCGAGAAAGGCCAGGAUGGUGCAGGGUGCCAUGAGGGUUGUAGUCCUAAGAAGCGAUGCAAGGAGCUGUGGUGCGAGAUGAGGAGGAAGCUGUGGGGCAUCGUGGAGAGCAAGUACUUCAACCGAGGUAUCAUGAUCGCCAUCCUGAUCAACACCAUCAGUAUGGGCAUUGAGCACCACGAGCAGCCAGAGGAGCUCACUAACAUUCUGGAGAUCUGCAACAUCGUCUUCACCAGUAUGUUCUCCUUGGAGAUGAUCCUCAAACUAACAGCUUUCGGUUCUUUCAACUACCUGCGAAACCCCUACAAUGUCUUUGAUGGAGUCAUCGUCAUCAUAAGUGUAUGUGAGAUCGUCGGCCAGUCUGAUGGCGGUUUGUCUGUGCUGAGGACCUUCAGGCUGCUGAGGGUGCUGAAGCUGGUGAGGUUCAUGCCAGCUCUGAGGAGACAGCUGGUGGUCCUCAUGAAGACCAUGGACAACGUGGCCACCUUCUGCAUGCUGCUCAUGCUUUUCAUCUUCAUCUUCAGUAUCCUGGGGAUGCACAUCUUUGGCUGUAAAUUCAGUCUUAAGACAGAGACUGGUGAUACAGUACCAGACAGGAAGAACUUUGACUCCCUCCUCUGGGCCAUUGUCACUGUUUUCCAGAUUCUGACCCAGGAGGACUGGAAUGCUGUUUUAUACAAUGGUAUGGCAGCUACUUCACCACUUGCCGCUCUUUACUUUGUGGCCCUCAUGACCUUUGGAAACUACGUCCUCUUCAACCUGCUGGUGGCCAUCUUGGUUGAAGGCUUUCAGGCAGAGGGUGAUGCCAAUCGUUCUUAUUCGGACGACGACCGCUCCUCUUCCAACUUUGACGAGAGCGAGAAACAUGACUCCAUCAAGCUAUCUGACCCCAGGAUCUGCACCUUGACACCCAACGGCCACCUGGAGCUGGGUGCUCUUUCGGGACCCAGGGGAUCCUAUUCCUCAGAGAGGCGGAGCUUUACCAUCGAGUCCAGAAAGAACAGCGUGAUGAGCCUGGGCAAAAGCAGCCUGGAGAGACGCUCCCUCUCGCUGCGCCACGGCCGUAGUUCCAACUACCACAACUGGGGACGCCCUUUCACUCCACAGUCUGCAUGGAGCCGCAGGUCCAGCUCAAACAGCCUGGGCCGGAGGAGCUAUGGGUUUGGGGGGGCUCCUCUGGUAGGAGGCAGCCUCCGUGUGCACAGCACUCGCUCCCCCAAAUCCUACACCUAUGCCGCUGAGCAGGAGUCCCUUCUCUCCCACCCAUCCCACUCCCAUCAUCCUCUGCCGCCUCAUCAUCCACUUCCACCCCCACUGUUCCUCUCCAGACACUUUGCUGCAAGGAGGGAUCGACGGGCUCUCUCCCUGGAGCUCCCAGAGCUGCUUCGGGCAGGCGGACAGCCCCUGGGCCUGCACCCCGUCCACACAGACCCUGGGAGGAGGAGUGGGUCCGGGGCAAGGGGAUCCAUCACUGGAGGGUCAGGGGCUGGUAGUGGUUUAGGAGUGGACCAUCGGGACUGUAAUGGCAAGGCGCCCGGUCCCCACACCCAGCUGAUGGCUGAGGUUUUCCCUCAAGUCAACGCACGCAAGGACAGAGGGGACCUCGAUGAAGAGACGGACUAUAGUCUGUGCUUCCGUAUCCAGAAGAUGAUGGAGGUUUACAAGCCAGACUGGUGUGAAACCAGAGAGGAGUGGUCUGUCUACCUCUUCUCCCCUCAGAACAAGUUCAGACUGCUCUGCCAGUCCAUUAUCGCCCAUAAGCUCUUUGACUACGUGGUCCUGGCUUUCAUCUUUCUCAACUGCAUCACAGUGGCUCUCGAGAGGCCGAAGAUCCUGCAAGGCAGCCUGGAAAGACUGUUUCUCACCAUUUCCAACUACAUCUUUACUGCCAUUUUUGUUGCGGAGAUGACUGUCAAGGUGGUGUCCAUGGGUCUGUACCUGGGGGAGACGGCCUAUCUUAGGAGCAGCUGGAACAUUCUAGACGGGUUCCUGGUCUUCGUCUCUUUGAUUGACAUUGUGGUGUCCAUGGCGGGCGGAGCUAAGAUCCUGGGCGUGCUGCGUGUUCUCAGGUUGCUCAGGACACUACGCCCCCUUAGGGUGAUCAGCAGGGCUCCAGGGCUAAAGCUGGUAGUUGAGACCCUCAUCACGUCCCUCAAACCCAUUGGCAACAUUGUCCUCAUCUGCUGCGCCUUCUUCAUUAUCUUUGGCAUCCUUGGGGUUCAGCUCUUCAAAGGCAAAUUCUACUACUGUGUGGGUUUCGAUGUGAAGAACAUCACUAACAAAUCCGACUGUCUUGCUGCCAACUAUCGAUGGAUUCACCACAAAUACAACUUUGACAACCUUGGACAGGCUCUGAUGUCCCUGUUUGUGCUGGCAUCCAAAGAUGGGUGGGUCAACAUCAUGUACCAUGGCCUGGAUGCAGUGGGAAUUGACCAGCAGCCCAUGACCAACAACAAUCCGUGGAUGCUGCUCUACUUCAUCUCCUUCCUCCUGAUCGUCAGUUUCUUUGUCCUCAAUAUGUUCGUGGGCGUGGUGGUGGAGAACUUCCACAAGUGUCGGCAGCACCAAGAGGUGGAGGAGGCCAGGCGCCGCGAGGAGAAACGCCAGCGCCGCAUGGAGAAGAAGAGAAGAAAGGCCCAGAAGCUGCCCUACUACGCAUCCUACGGCCGUGCUCGCCUGGCGAUCCACACUCUGUGUACCAGCCACUAUCUGGAUUUGGUCAUCACCUUCAUCAUCUGCAUCAAUGUCAUCACCAUGUCUCUGGAACACUACAGCCAACCGCAGUCUCUGGAGACUGCACUGAAGUACUGCAACUACUUCUUCACCUCCACCUUUGUGAUCGAGGCCUCUCUGAAACUGGUGGCCUUUGGCUUUCGACGCUUCUUCAAGGACAGGUGGAACCAGUUGGACCUGGCCAUUGUGCUGCUGUCAGUGAUGGGCAUCACCCUGGAGGAGAUUGAGAUCAACGCCUCUCUCCCCAUCAACCCCACCAUCAUCAGGAUCAUGAGGGUGCUCAGGAUAGCACGAGUGUUGAAGUUGUUGAAAAUGGCAACUGGGAUGAGAGCUCUGCUAGACACGGUGGUCCAGGCCCUUCCUCAGGUGGGAAAUCUUGGUCUGCUCUUUAUGUUGCUGUUCUUCAUCUACGCUGCUCUGGGAGUGGAGCUGUUUGGAGAGCUGGUGUGCAACGCUGACUACCCCUGUGAGGGAAUGAGCCGCCACGCCACCUUUGAAAACUUUGGAAUGGCCUUCCUCACUCUCUUCCAGGUUUCUACCGGUGACAACUGGAAUGGCAUCAUGAAGGACACGCUAAGGGAGUGCCCUCCAGGCCGUCCGGGCAGUGACUACGGCUGCCACGCUGGACUACAGUUCAUCUCUCCAAUGUAUUUCGUGUCCUUCGUGCUCACGGCUCAGUUUGUUCUGAUAAACGUGGUUGUGGCCGUGCUCAUGAAGCACCUGGACGACUCCAACAAGGAGGCGCAGGAGGACGCCGAGAUGGACGCUGAGAUUGAGCUGGAGCUGGCUCAGGGAGGCCUCUGCUGCAUGAUGGGAGGCAUCGGAGCCAUCGCCGGGGCCACGAGCGGCGCUGCGAGUGGGGCAAGCGUGGGCGGAGGAGUGCCUGGCGCGAUUACAGCAGGGACAGUUGGGGGUCCAAUUGGUGGGGUGAUGGCACCGCUGCGAGAUGGAGGAGGAGGCGGUGCCCCCCAUGAGGGACACACAAACCAUCAAUGUCGGCUCUACUCUCUUGCUCAGGAGAGCCAGUGGCUGGACAGUGUGUCUCUGCUGAUUAAGGAUUCGUUGGAAGGGGACAUGAUUGACAACCUCUCCGGCUCAGUCUUCCACCACUACUGCUCUCCUCCUGUCUGCAAGGACUGUAAGAGUCACCCACAAGAGAUCCGAUUGGCAGAGGUGGAGCAGGCAUCUCUGAUGUCAGAGCAGCUGUCGGACAAGUCAUCGUCUCCGGCGCUGCCUGAUGACCUCAGCCUGGACGAACACAGCAGCUACCAGCUGCUGGUCAGAGACAGCCAGAGGGGCAGCAGUGAUUCCCACAGUUCGGGGGAGUUGCCUACUCAGGGGGGCUACAGAGGGCUUCGUACCUCCAGCUCAGGAAGCGAUGAGGGGGUCCAGGAGUUGUUUGAGGUGGGCAUCCAUCCUCAGUUGAAUCCUCCAUCGCUGGAGCAGCAAAGCCUGGCACAUUGCCCAGACUUCUUCCACCCAGCUGUCGCCGCUCAUCCGGGCAGUCCUGGGAACAGUGUUAGCCCAGGAGACAGGGGGCCAGCCACGUUAGCCUCUCCAGCCUCCUGGGCCUCCCUUCGCUCACCUGGAGCCAACAGCAGGCCCCUGAGCUCUCAGCAACCGUCCCACAGUGACUCCUCCCUGGCCACGGGCAGUUCAGAGGGCAGCCUGCAGACCACUCUAGAAGAAGGCCUCAGCUUCAGUGUCUCCCCGCCUCGGGAUAUGGAUCUUCCUGUCCCUCUCCUCUGCCCUCUCCCCAGCCACCAGUUACAUCCCCAGGUACCAGCCACAGGAGACCAGGGCAACCCUUUACUAAAGAGACGCAGUACUACUUUUACCCUCCAAGCCACCAGGGGGCGCCAGAGGAGCCAGAGCAGCUGCCGCGGUGGCAGCACCAGCCCCGGCUGUCCCCGGCAAGACUCCAUGGACCCUUCCGAUGAGGAUGUGGGCACGGGGACAGGCGGAGAUGGCUGCCGCCAGACCUUUAAAAGCGAACACUUGUCAGAGACACUGAACAGCCUUUCACUGACGUCCCUGCUCUCCCCUGGCUCUCUGGUACCCCCGCUGGUGAAGAAAUGUAACAGCACAGGCUCUCUUGACCAAACCAAUCUAUCGGCCCGGAGUAAGGACGGACGCCACGUCUAUGGCAUAGAUGCUCACGGUUACUUGCCCAAACCCUGGAUGGAAGGAAGGGCGAGAGGUAAGGAGGAGGACAGUGACAUCACAGGCUUCAGCAUGAAAAGCAGCAGCCGACCCACAGACACAACCUCCAGGAAAAACAGAUGAAACACUUGUUGCCUCUCUGUAGUGGAACUCUUCAUCCAUUUGCAUUUCUGGACCUUCAAAAGAACAGAGAGAGACUUUUAAUACAGUGUCAUGUGAACCCAAUUUUGAAAUUCUCUCUUAUCUUUGAAUCGUCUGUUCUCUCUCUUUCCUCCUUGGAUCUGGCUGCUUGGGGUCAGUCGUUCCUCAGAAGAUUACAGUUUCUUCUGAGUUUUGACAUCCUCUCUUUUCCACAGGAUAUGUCGUCGCUGUUCGGAAGGACUUAAUGAUAACGACAAGGGGCUUAGCCUUUUAGAAUAACCAGGAUUCAGCCUUGCAGGCCCGGGCUUUACAUUUGAGCCAUGCUGAAACACUGAAUAUUUAGAAAGCCAUUAAAGAGACA